AAAAACUGUCGGCAGGGCGCUGUGGACCGACAACUACUUUUCCACUGUUUUUUUUCCCAACCUGGUAGUUCACGGCGUCGCCGCCGAGUUACAACCACCGUCAACAUGCAGCUCCGCCGUGGCCAUGCUACAUUUUCGUCUUGUGGGUACUUAUGGAGUGGGAUAAUGUUGGUGAAUAUGGUCGUGAUGGGGAAGUUUCUUCUCGUUGAAUCAGCUCGGCCUCAAAACCGUACGUCAGCUUCUCAUUGGCUCCCCGCCACCGCCACCUGGUACGGCAGUCCCGAAGGCGAUGGCAGCGACGGUGGGGCAUGUGGGUAUGGUAGUUUGGUGGAUGUGAAGCCAUUUAAGGCGAGAGUUGGUGCAGUGAGCCCUGUCUUAUUCAAGGACGGUGAAGGGUGUGGCGCAUGCUAUAAAGUCCGUUGCUUGGACCGAACCAUAUGCUCCAAACGAGCCGUUACCAUAAUAGUCACCGACGAGUGUCCCGGUGGCUAUUGCUCCAAUGGUCGCACCCACUUCGAUCUUAGUGGCGCCGCCUUCGGCCGCAUGGCUGUCGCCGGUGCCCACAGCCGUCUCCGCGACCGAGGCGAACUCUCGGUCGCCUACCGACGGACUCCAUGUUUGUAUCGUGGGAAGAACAUAGCCUUCCAUGUAAACGAAGGUUCUACCGAUCAUUGGCUCUCGCUUUUAGUCGAGUUCGAGGAUGGUGAUGGAGAUAUUGGUUCUAUGCAAAUCAAACAAGCAAAGUCGAGCGAGUGGAUGGAAAUGGCACACGUGUGGGGUGCGACGUGGUGCAUAAAUGGAGGACCUUUAGAGGGGCCAUUCUCGGUGAAGCUAACCACGUUAUCCACUGCCAAGACUCUCUCGACUAGAGAUGUUAUCCCGAAGAAUUGGUCACCGAAGGCUACUUAUACUUCUCGUUUGAACUUUUUAUAAGAAAUUAAUAUUUUAUUUUAAGAGAGAAAAAAAAUUAAAUAAUAGUAAUAAUAAUGUUUGGGUACUAUCCUUUAGAAGUGGUAGCCAUCUCCAAAGGGAGAGAGAGCGUAUGUAUUUUUGUUUAUGUCGGUGUUAAUUU